AAAUCUGAUUGAGUUAUUAGUCAAUAUUUCAAUGUCACCUUAUUUUAUGACUUGUGUGUCUUUUUCAAUAUUUUGUACUCAUUUAAUUGUUAUGUAAAAACUUGUGAUAGCACAAAUUUAUGGUGGUGUAAUUAUUUUUAUGGUUUUGUGUGAAUUGACAUAUAAUCUGUAUAUAGCUCUAAUAUUAUAAAAUAAAAAGAAAUGGCUUCAGACAUCUUAGGACCCUCUACAGCUGAAAUCCGCGAGAAUUUGUUUCAGGUCACGACGGCUGUCAAGUUCCUCUCAAAUCCGAAUGUUCAGAGAUGUACCAUGGAGAGUAAGGAACGUUUUCUUCGUUCCAAAGGCCUGACUGAUGCCGAAAUAGCUAAGGCUAUAGAAAAAUGUGGAGAGUUCCUGGACGUACCAACGCUGGCCUCCGAAUUGAUGCUGUUCAAUCAUUCGAGAAGGUCGUGGUUCAGAGAAAGAAUUCUACCUCUCAUAGUUUACGGCGGUGUUAUAUAUGGCUGCUAUUGGUUCUACAAGAACUGCAUCAGACAUUUACUGUUCGUGGAGGAAUCCAAACGGAAGACUACAGCUGAGUGUAUAGACGAGCUGAGAAAGUCGCUGGACGUCAUGAACAGCAGCAUCAGCUCAUUACGCGGAGAGAUGCAGUCAUCAGUGAAACAGAACACGCUCAGAGCACAGAUGGACAGCUUAAAGGCCGACAUAGCGUCAGUUAAGGGGAUUCUACUGAAUAGGAAUCAAUUUCCUUCUCUCAAACGCACUGAGCCAUCGAUCCCCGCAUGGCAGAGACAAUCAGAAGAGGCUACUUCCACCGAGGUCCCUGAGACGAAGCAUCGUAGUCGCAGCCAGAGGUCAGAGUCCGGCGGUUCCAACUCCAGUGAGGGUGAACAGGCCACCAAGAACAGCGACAGUAGCUUGGAGAUCAUGUGAGUGAAACAGAUGUAUACUACUUCAUAUCAUGAAAACGUCGUUUCUGAACGUCACCUAAUUAGUUUUGGACAUUAGUUUUUAAUGGUGUAUAAUUUAAUUAUGUGUCACUUGCCGCUAUUCAUUGCCUCGUCACUAUUUUAUUUGUUCAUAUAAAAUAAGGCGGGAAUUAUGAAAAUUGUUGUGAAUAUAUAUCUAUAUAUAUAUUUUUAUUAUAAUGUACUAUUAUAACAUGGUGUCAGAUUAUAGCUGUUGAUAGCUUAACCAAAUAUUAAUAAUAAAUAUAAAUAAUAAUUUAGUAUUCAUUAUUUUGCAGUUAAUAGUUUGUUUUGUAAAUUAUUAUUGUUUUUUAAAUAAAGUUUACACACGAUAAGAUGACCGGCGGGGUCAAGAUAAAUUAAGGUCGAUGGUGUCGAUUCUAGAACCUAGGCUCCCUAAAAAUAUGACUUAAUGCUGUUUAUAUUUUAUUUCAUACUUGACAGUUAUCAGAAUAAAUCAAACAUAAUAUAUGGAAUGUAAAUUUAACGAACCUUUUUAUAAGUAAUAACAAACUGAUAGCUCAGUAAGUUUCAGUUACAUAUAUUGUAAUUUAAUACGAUAAGUGCAUUCCGCGAUCUAAAUGUUGUUACGUUAGUGUUGUGACUCUGUGGUGAUAAAUAAACCAAUGACGCAUUUUUUUUUCA